AUGGCGCCGACCACAUUCCAGAAGCACGCUUCAAAGUCCACCACAGCGCCUCACAAGUCUGAAUCGAAUAAAACUCCCGUCGUGCCUAAGUCUCAGGAGAAGUCGAAGCAGAAGGACGACAAGAAAGAUUCAUCUGGACCUUCUCGGCCGCAGCACAUCACAGGUGCCCGUGCACACUACAAUCCAGCUCCCUAUCACUUCCAUCCGCAUCUAACCUACGCAACUUUCCUCAACAUCGAAGAGGACUUUGAGGUCACCUGCCACCCGCACUUGACGUAUGUGGGCUAUCCCAGCCGAGCAGAGGAUUUCGCCAUGGCGGAGGACGAUGAGGACGAGGACGUCGAUGAUGACGAAAACGACAUCGAAGAGGCGAGGAGGCACAGUCGAAAGACUCGGGUAACGACACAUGUGCAUCGUCAGUCCGUUUCAAUGACUUCUCCCCGCUACACGGUCUACCAUAGCCAUUACUCGCUUCCGUCGAUUAUUGCACGCUUCUUGGUUGCAGUGCGAGGGAGUCCUAUCGAUGGACUCGAUGACGGGUUUACAGAACAAGUCAUAGAUGUUUUUGCCGGGGAACAACUGUCCGCACUCUUUCAAGCAGGCGGUGAUGUCGUUGCAGACAUACCAGCGCUGCGGAACGAGUCCAGCAGAGAUACAGUUUCAGGCCCUAUCGAGAUAGCACGACAUCUGAGCGAUCGAUAUCCUGCGCUGUUUCCGGCGAAAGAAGCGGACACGAUCAAAGCCCACAUCGCGAGGCUUCACGAUCUCGAUUGGUUCUCGUUGUCCUUGCCGGUCCCAAGGCCGAGCCGUGGUGGAGACGAUCAAUCGAGAGAAGCACUUCAAGAAUUUCAACAUGAUCUGGAACAGAGGCUUGAAGGAGGUGCUUCAGCCUGGUACCGCGCAGCAUUGAUGUAUCGACUGCGAACAUUCCAAAGUCCCAACGACGAGGUAUCCAGAAUCUACGAAGUCCGAGCACGAGCAAGACACACUCUCGAGGCGAUCGAAGGACACGUCGUCGAUCAUCGCGGGCAUCCAUGGAUUUUUGGUUUCGAGAGACCGAGUGCUUUGGAUGCUCACCUGGUUCCAUCGCUUGCGAGGUUGGAAGAUGCUGGAAAUGGGGGUUUGAUACCGCCGAGAUUGAAGGGGUAUCUUGAUGCGGCGAGACGGACGCAGUAUUGGAGGGAGGUGAUGGGGGAUCGGAAGACGUUGCGGUGA